AUGACAGUGGGCACGAGGAAGCAUGUUUUGGACGACGAUGACGAUGAAUAUUGCAAUCACCUGGUGGGCAGCCAUGGGGAAAGCAUGGCCGAUAGAUCGGGCAAGAGAAUAAAACUCGACUCACUACUAGAAGAUCUACACUUGAAUGAUGACAAGCCAACGCAUUCAUUUAUAGAUAAAAAGGACAAAGGUAAACGUGAUUCUUACAUCAUACCCCACGUGAAAUCACCAUUUGGAUUAGGCAGUGGGGGCAGUGGAGGAGGCAUUUUCAAAAAACCCAAUGCUCCACAAUCCUACACGUUGUCUCAAUUGGACAACUACAUCAAUGGGCGUAUAGUUGAUCAUUUCCAGAAUAUAAUCACGUCGAACAUGAAAAUGAUAACGUGGUACAACUUUAAAUUUUUAAUCGUAUAUGUCUACCGACGAUGGUUUGUCAAGCUAUUCAACAGGUUUUUGAGGAAAUACAAUACGAAAAACCAAUCCAAGAUUCACCCGUUCAACACAUACGAGAAAGUGCUACAGUUGAUACCAGAGGGGCAUCUAACUUGGAACGACUUGAAGAAGAUAAUUGCCGAGGAGAACCGAUUAGAGAUCAAGAGAUUGCAGUUGAAACAGGAGGUUAGAGAAUCGCAGAAAGAAUCAGAUAGCAUUAAACGGGAGGCAGAGGAAUAUAAAGGCUUGGGCUAUAACUAUUGGGAUAACCUCAAGCUAGAUGGGGAUCUAGACAUGUUGGAUGAUGAUGCCGAUGAGGCGAAUGAGCCCGUGAAAAAAAUUGUUGAGUUGAAACAUGAUGAUCCUGAUGAUCGCGAUGUUCAGAUGAAUGACGAAUCCGGCUCCGGCUAUGUGGAAGCUAAUUAUGGAACGUACUAUCCGUCGCAUGCCGUGCAUUGA